CUGGACCUCAACCUCACUCUGCAGUGACUCACCUGGGAUCACAGGCAGGGAGGGGACACACCCUGUGUGGAUGCCUGCACUGCCCAAAGUGUCACGGCUUCCUAUCUCUCACCCACAUCUCCCCUGAGCACAGCACUGAAGGGCUGCUGGCAGACCUUAGUCUUGAUGGGGUAUAGCAACGUCAGAGGUCCCUGUCUCUGCUCGGCCACUCAGCUUCUCAGCCUUAUAUAGGCAUGUGGCCUGCUGUAAAGUGGGGACAUUUAGGCAGACCCCACACAGUGAGGAAGGUAACAGACAAGGCUCGAAGGACCUCACCAGAGGGAGAAAUUGAUGCUCAGAGAACUCGGGUGCUCUCAGCGGAUUCUUUCUUCAUACACAAGUUCCCUAUGACUUGGCCCAGCUUUGCACAUACUGCCCCUGUUGUGGCCUGCAGCCACCCUUUAAAGAUGUGUCCUCCCAGAGACAGAACACAGACGGAGCUAACCCUCCCUUCUUCUGGGUCCCUGACCUACCUGUUUAUAAAAAGAGCAGGCACUUAGCCUACAAGACCUAGCACCCUCCGUGUGCAUGAUGCAGGGGGAUGCUGCUGCAGGAAAGUCUCGGUGCCACAGCUCCUGGCCUCCUCUCUCAGAAGGCAGCGCCCCCAGGAAGGAACACUCCAAGCUGGUCCGCGGACUGACAAUGUCUUGGAAGAUAGAGCGGGGGAGGCUGCUCUCUGGCCCCCGUGAUAAAGCUGUUCCUGUCAACAUGGAAUGCAGGAAAUGCUUGGAUAAGUGGCUUUCCCUCUUUGGGCCUCAGUUUCUCUUCCCUGUGAAGCAGGUGUGAGGGGGUCCUGGCUCAGGCCUCCCACAGGUCCCUCCCCUGGAUGUCUCUGGGAAACGAGUUUCCAGACCCAAGUUCCAUCUGCGGUUUCCGCCCCUCUGGGAAAUUGCUUCUCUCGCCUGCGGUAGACUACACUGCCGCUUUAAGUUUGGGCGGGGCCUGUUGGACACUGGCCCGGCACCUGGGACCUAGAGGAAGCGCUGAAGCAGCCACAAGUCUUUGAGGUGGUGAGCGAGGACUAGGAGGCAGUGGGUAGGUGGCUUCCCAGCGGGAUCCCCAGCUGGAGACCCAGCAGCUGGGUGGGGGUGACAGGAACGGGGAAGGACCAGUGGCCUCAGCCCUCCUGGGGACCAGAACAGAGACCUCAAGGAGCCUGCGAAGUGCCAAGGGCGCAGCUGGGGACAGCCACCAGAGCCUCCUCAGAUGCUCGCUGCCCGCAGAGCUCAGCCGCCACCACCAUCACCACCACGCCUUCUAAUGCGCUGGCCUCUCCCCUGGACCGCUCCUGUGGCGCCUGGACCAGCCCGAUGGCUGCACACGAGACAUGCGGCAUCAGGGGCCGAGUGGCGUCCACGGCGCGCUACUGCAUGACGGUCGGCGGCACCGUGGUCCUGGUGAUCGGGACGCUCUGCUUUGCGUGGUGGAGCGAAGACGACGCAGCUGUCCAGCCCGGCUCACUGAACCCCAGCGUGGGGCACCCAUCGCCCACGAUCCCCGUGGUGUGGCUCAAGUCUGUCAGCCUCCUCUGUUGCAGCAUGGGUGGCCUGCUUCUGUUCUCUGGCCUGCUUUGGUCCAUCCAGGAAAGCACGAAGAGGUCGAGCCGGGGGGACCUGUACCAACUCUCCAGGGGCCUGCACCCCCUUGCUGUGGAGUCUUCUGAGAAGUACUGCAGGCCUCCAAAGGAGGCUGUCAUUCCCACUUACGAGGAGGCCAUGUACUGUCCACUGGCUGAGGGUCCCCUGCAAUCCCCCGUGCAGCCCGAAGAAGAAGACCUUCAGUGCCACGCCCAGGGGGAUGCCCUGCUGGGGUCGCCAUCCCUCACACCCCCACCCAGCUACGAGAGCAUCAUCCUCGCUCCAGGGGCUGUUUCUGGUCCACGUGCUGCAAGCUCCAGCCCAGGUUGAGCUCAGGCUGCAGGGGAGUUACUGGUCUCCAGCAGGCCCUGACACUGGCCCCUAAGCCACACGAGCUUUGCUCAGGGCAUCCUCCAGGGCUGGGUUCACCGCAGGCACUCAACAGAGCUCUGCUGCUGGAUGCUGCUUUUGUACCUGUUGUGUGUAAGAGACUAUCUGGAUGUUAGUUGGCUUUAAAUAAACCCCACUUUAUUA